AUGGACCAAAAUGUGCCUCUGUACGAUUUGGAGCCGGUCGCGUGCACAGCGCAGCACAGCGGUGCGCUAGCAGCGCUGCGUCUGCUUCGCAGCUACAAUCACUUCCUAGUGCCACCUGAUGUCCACGGCGUUGUUCCGUUGCUGACGACGCUACCGCAGCCGGCGUGUCUGCCGCCCUACUGCCAGCAUUUACCAGCGAGGGCAGCGCCACUCUUGUCGCCGGCGAGCGGCGCGGGCGACGCGGAGGGGCGGCGCCGCGGCGAGAAGCGGCCCAUACCGGCCGAGCUGAAGGACGAGAAGUACUUCGAGAGGCGGCGCCGCAACAACCAGGCGGCGAAGAAGUCGCGCGACGCGCGCCGCGUCAAGGAGGACCAGAUCGCUUGGCGCGCCUGUUUCCUCGAGCAGGAGAACGCAUCCUUGCGCGCGCAUAUCGCCGCUCUGCGCCAAGAGGCGAUGACCUUACGCGCGAUGCUGGCCCGUGGAGCCACUGACUUGGCGCAGACGGCCCACCCAGCACCGUCCUCCACGACCGCCGAC